AUGUCUUUCCGUCUGUUGAACGUCCAUACGGGAGAGCUGACGGAAUAUCCGCUUUCCGCACACCCCCCAUAUAUAGCAGCGUCCCAUGCUUGGAGCGAGCGUCUCUUCCCACCAGGCGUCGACUUCCUCGCCAGCCCUGGGCGCGACGCUCUGGUUGCGACGAUUGAGCAACGAUACCCUACCAUCACUUUGUGCUGGGUGGACACGAUUUGCAUUGACCAGAAUGACGAGGAUGACAAGCUCCGUCAGAUCCCGAUGAUGGGCGAGAUUUUCAGAGGCGCAGAAGCUGUGCUCAUCAUCCUUGGCUGCGUUCUCGGCAUGCGUCAAGACCAUGUGGAUGAAUUGACAGAACAACUUGGCGGAGCGCUCUCAAUGGAGGCAGAUGAAGCGUGGGCGUCAGAGGGCUCGUACUGGCAAAACGGCGAUGGACGAGGCCUGAUUGCGCAAGCGAUGAGGGGACUGGCGAGGCUGACGGUAACCUCUUGGAGCACGAGAGUCUGGACGUUGCAAGAGUACAUUCUCGCCCGCAGGGUUAUCUGGAUCGGCCAGGAUCUUGAAUCUUUGGUUCUCAAUGACCGGUUGUUCUCUGCCCUGCCCAGUAUCUGCGACACACUAGACAUCCAGGAAUGUCUAGGCGACGAGUUCGCAAAGCUUUAUGGCUUCUUUAGUGGCAUGGCAAAUUGCCGACUCGGCCCGGUCGAGAAGACGCGGGUGAUGGAAUUAUUGGGGAACCGCAAGGCGACCGUAGAAUGCGAUGAGGUGUACGGCGUCAUGGCUGCCUCGGGCGUGGAGAUACCCACCAUCAAAGGAGAGAGAAAGGAGAGUGCCUGGGCAAGAUGGGUUGAAGCGGCGCUUGGCCGAGGACACUUGAGAUGGUUACUCAUGCCUGCUGUCAGUGAGCCUCUGUCAUCUAGCCCGCAACUCAUUGCGAGGAACUGCAUCGUUGUACUGUUUGGCAUGAGGCACAAAGCAUCUUCCGGCUCAGCUCUGGACGAAGUCGAACCACUUGGUCCAAUUGAGGUUCAGAAUGGAACGGUUACCCUCACUGGCAGAAUGAUUGGAAUUUGCCGUGUCGGAGCCCGAUUGGGUAGAGUGCAUGAGCCAAUUCCGAACCGCAUCCAUCGAGACAUUACUCUAGUACAGUUCACUCUAGGCAGGUGGCCGAGAGCUCUCAAAGUAGCUUUGGCAUUUGGGGCCGGCCGCUACAAUCCGAAGCAAACUAUACUUAUCGCCCAGGCCUUACUCAACAAUUGGACAAGAGCACUCUACGCAGUGCGCCAUAGAAGAGAAGACGGCUUUAAGAUGAAGUUGCGACCGGGAAGGCAGACUCUCAUCUGGCAAGACUUUAUGGCAUUGCAAAUGGGUCAAAUGCCUGGCAUGAACGAUGGUAUCGCCCAUCUCACCAAGAUUCGUCGCUUAUCUGUUGCAAUAGAUGCAGUGCUCGUCCUUGCUCCAGACCAGGAGGUGCCAGAUGGGGAGCUUAUUGUAGUUGAUGUCGGUGGGCGGACAGUCGAUGGACGUUGCAUAUUCAUGGUUGCCACUAAACCAAGCCCCGAAGCUGGCAGUAGCAAUGAUGUGCUGCACAAACUAUGUGUGACGCUUCCUGUCACUGGUGACUACGAGGAGGCUAUCCAAUCUUUGCCCCUGCAGACGUUUUCUUUUGGCGGAAAAGGUUGCAAAGUUUCUUCCGAAGAAGGCCGCCAGUCCCUUUUGAUAGCAAACAUUACGUCCGAUUUUUCCAUAAUUACAAUGGCCAUUCAAGGACAACCAACUGCCGCUCAGGUUCCCCCACAGGAAUCGACCAAACGAUUUGUUCUCAAUUCAAUUUUGCUCUCUCUUAUUGAACCGGUUCGAGGCGAACCGACAGUCUAUAGUCUUGAUAGACACCCGCAUGACGAUGCAAGCCCGAUAGCGAAGUUUCUUGAUUCAUUUGCAUUAAUUUGCUCCACGAGGAGUGGGAAAGAAACCGCCUCCGCUGUAUGUAUAGAACAAGGCGGCCCAACAGGCACAAUCUUGCGGUUGGCCCGUAAUACUAGCACCUCAGAGGACCUUUUAUUGCGUUUCCAGGACGUGCUAAAUGAUCUCAGUUUGAUUGCGAAGGGAGAUUGCUCUCUCGAUCAGAAAGCUUGGGAGAUUAUGUCUAAAAUUAUCGAGCUGGACCGAUUCAAGAUCGACAGCAUAAUUGAGAUCUUUCAAAAGAAGGAAGUCCCAGAACUUAUACAAGCAGCAAUACAACGCUUGGAGACAGGCGAGUUUUCCAAUCACGGCGAUUUUCUGGAGUGGGCGAGACAUCUUCCAUCAUUGUCAUCUCUGAGUCAUCUAACGAAGACUGCGGAACUCAUCAAACAAAUGCAUUGGGCAGCGCAAGCGCGUUGGGUGUACUCUGCUCACCUUCAAACCAUCGCAUUUCCUGAGAGCAAAACUGUCCCAGCUUGGAUCAACAAUAUAUAUAAGCUGGGGCGUUACCAUGCCGCUCUAGUAGCGAUGAUCAAGCUCGCGACCACUCGGACGGACCUAUUUAUCCCUAUCCGAGUUGAGUUGGUUGAACCUCCUCCGCAGGCUCAGUUCUCCCUCAACGGUGAGCGUGAGGCUCUGAGUAAUAUAAUCCGAAAAUGCACCAAGGCCGAAGUUGAAGAUAUCAAAUCGCAGCUGAGGGUUUAUUGGUUCAAGAAUCCAGACCAUCAUUUUCGUGCAGCUUGCAAAACACGGCGCGUGCUCAUCGUACAUGCAGAGAUGCAACUGGCCUGCUUUUAUGACAGCAAUAUGGAACUCACUCCGAGGUUUCUCUUUAUGGGAACUAGCAAAAAGGCCUGCUUCCUGUGUUCUACAUUACUGCAUAGACAUGAACGAGGAUGGUCCUUUUCAGCGACCCAUUCCAAGAUAUAUGCGAAUUGGAUGCCCCCUUUGUUUUCCAAGGGCAGUGCUAGGAAAAUCCACACCAAGUUGAUUUGGGAUAUCAAUCAAUUCCUGGAGCAAACUAUCGGCAGGGAGUUGGAGACAAAGUUAGGAAUACCUCGCUCCAAGAAAGUUCAAUUUGAUUCUACCGCGGGCCCUUCUUUAACUACGUUUAAGCUGGGAGGAGAAUUUACUUUCAUGAAGCCUCAACCUCCAACAUUGACUGAUGAGCCAAAUGGGAUCGCAGAGGAGGAGGAUUAUUCUUCUUAG